UUUGACAGUUCUGAGGGCCAGAAAUAUUUCAUCCAGUAUGUGGUGCUGUAGAGUUCCUCCAGCAGACACUUCAGGAUGGUUUGUGAGGCAGGACUUUAGACUGAAAACAUCAACAAGUAGAUGGUUGUCUGAGACUCGAGUAAUGUGCUUCAGCACCGAGGUAGAGAAAGGAAUUGAAUUAAAACAUCGCCGAUGUUGAUGACAAGCCCCAGAAUGACAACAGCACAAGAGAAGCAGUUUCCUCCCUCGCUGUUGAGCUUUUUCAUUUAUAACCCACAGCUCGGACCAAAGGAAGGUGAGGAGGAGAAAAAGAUCCUGUUUUAUCAUCCCUGUGAGGUUGAUAAAAACGAAAAGAUUAGGAAUGUUGGACUGUGUGAAGCAAUUGUGCAGUUUACAAGGACCUUUUGCCCCAACAAGCCCGCAAAGUCCCUGCACACGCAGAAGAACAGGCAGUUCUUUUACGAAGCGGAGGGGAAUUUCUGGAUGGUUAUGGUGGUGUCAAAUCCUAUGAUCGAAAGGGUGAGCAAGGACGGCACUCGGGUACCAGAGUACCAGGAGGAUGAAUUACUGGACACAGUCUACGGGGCCGUAAUCCAGCAGUGCUACUCCAUGUACAAGCUCUUCAACGGCACCUUUGUAAAGUCGAUAGAGGCUGGCGGCAUCGAACAUCUGCAACAGAGGAUCCAGAAGUUUUUCUACAGGUACUUGCAAACAUUGCACCUGCACUCCUGUGACCUGUUGGAUGUGUUCGGGGGAAUCAGUUUCUUCCCCUUGGAUAAGAUGACCUACCUGAAAAUCCAGUCGUUUGUCAACAGAAUGGAGGAAAGCUUGGAACUGGUCAAAUACACCGCGUUCCUGUACAACGAUCAUCUCAUCUGGAGCGGGCUGGAGCAGGAUGACAUGCGGAUCUUGUACAAGUAUCUCACGACGUCGCUCUUCCCACGGCACCUGGAGCCUGAGCUGAUCGGCCGUGAUUCCCCAGGGAGAGGAGGCAUAACUGGGAGCCUUCACCACUAUGGCAGGUUUCUCACCGGCCCAUACAAUAUCAACGAUCCAGAACUCGCUGUGCGGUUUCCAAGGAUCUUUGUGAACACUGACAGCACCUAUGAAGAAUUACACUUAAUAGUCUACAAGGCUAUGAGUGCAGUGGUGUGUUUCCUGAUUGAUGCCGCAGUGGAUCUGACACGAGAGUUCUGCCAGCGACUGGAUGACCUGGUUGGUCCUCAGCUCACACUCCUGGCUUCCGACAUCUGCGAGCAGUUCAACGCAAACAAGCGCCUCGCUGCGCCUGAAAAGGAGCCUCACUUUAAAUAUAUUUAUUUCAACCACAUGAACCUGGCGGAGAAGACAACCAUCCACAUGCGCAAAACGGCCAGCAUGUCUCUGACCUCCGUCCACCCCGAUCUCAUGAAGAUCCUGGGGGAUAUCAACAGCGAUUUCUCAAGAGCCGAUGAGGAUGAAGAGGUCAUUGCCAAGGCCAUGACGGAUUAUUGGGUUGUCGGCAAAAAGUCCGACCAACGCGAGCUUUAUGUCAUUCUGAGUCAGAAGAACGCAAAUCUAAUCGAGGUUAACGAGGAAGUCAAGAAACUCUGUGCAACUCAGUUUAACAACAUUUUCUUCUUGGAUUAACGGAGCUGAAUCUCGCUGCUCAUCGUGGCUUCAGUUACGGGACAGGGAUGUGGGGUGACACCAGUCAGCUUGAGGGCACAAGGAAGAACCAUGGAUGAUGCCACUGUGGCCAACAAACUCCAUCCCAUAAGUUAUGCCAGUGACGGCGAUGGUAUUCCCAUUAAUCCCGCUCGUUCUUGGAAGGGAAAGGGCUCACCUUCAGCUUGCGCACAGCAGUCGCUGUGAUAGGAAAUUUCCAUGAAAUGUAAGAUAAUUAGAUUUUAAAUAUUUAUGGUAAUGGAGUUAAAAGAAUGAGAACUUUAUCAUUCCAUUCUGUAAUAUAUGGCAAGCUUGUAUUGUAAAAAAAUAAAUUAACAAUGACAUUUGAGUGAGAUUUUAACUUUCCCAUUGUGUCUGUAUUUUUUGCUUUAUUUAUGUUAACUCUUGUUUAGGAGAGUUGAUCACUGGGUAUUUUAUAUAUUAAAAAAAGUGUAUUCUCUAAUGAAAGCUGCGUGAUCUGAUAUAAUGUGGGUCCCUUUUUUAUAAGUAGAUGUGGGUUUCUGUUUGAAGUGAUCUGUGUUUAUCAGGAAGUAUUCUUGCUCAGUAUUGUGUGGGUUAUUGUGUAAGUUACACUGCAUCAGCUCCUGAUGUCCUGUGCAGUUUUAACUUUGAACAAAACUACUACACAUACUGUAAUAGUUUCAGACACGGACGCUGGGAGUAACAUGCCAUUAUGACUUGAACACCUGUGUAUUUUUGAAGAUUUAUUCAGUUUGGAGAAACAGUGUCCCACAUUUGUAUGUUCAACAAGGCCUGGGAAAUAAAGAGACACAAGGAACUGCAAAUGCUGGUUUAUAAAAAGGACACAAAAUGCUGGAAUAACUCAGCGGGUCAGGCAGCAUCUCUGGAGAACAUAUGUUGGCAUAAUUUCAGGUCAGUCUGAAGAAGAGUCCCGACCCAAAUUGUCACCUAGUUUGAAGGUGGGUCCCAACCCAAAAUAUCAUCUAUCCAUGUUCUCCAGAAUUGCUGCCUGACCCACUUAGUUACUCCAGUACUUUGUGUCCUGGGACAUAUAUGCCUUGUGUAAACAUUUGUACACAAGAUCUUAGUUAAUCCAAGGAGCUUUAUCAGCGUAUUGGAGUUUUCAGUUGUCCAAUAACUUCCGUGGUGUUUGGUUUUGGAGGUAGCCAGCUACAAUAUGACAGCUGGUUUGGUUUGCACCCAGACUACCACAUCCUGUCCCUGCCUUUCUCAGCCAAAAAACUACUUGCAGAUAGACGUUACUUCCCAGUCUUAAUAGCAAUGCAGAUUUUUCAAAGCACUCAAAAGUCAUGUCCUUAGAUGUGUGAAAUUGUGUGUUGCAUGCAUUUAAGUUAUUGGCUUAAAAAUUAGCAGAUCUUUUGUACGUCAAACUUAGUUUUCAUAUCAGACAACUGCAGGUAUAUAUACCCAGACAGAUUAUGUUUUAGCAUUUGUGUGUUCUGCCAUCUUUAAUUUCUUCACUUCCUCAAAGUGAAACGGGUUUAUCUGAGAGACAAGGUGCUGAUUUAUCCAUGUAAUGAUGCAUUUUUUAAAAAUAAAAUAAAAUCUAUCUGCACU